UUGGUGUCGUCGUGCAGCCUCGCCUCUCCUCUCCUUGCCCGUUUGCUCCGAUCCCAUCCGACUCGACCUAACCCCACCGCCAUGGCUGACGAGACCGAGACGAGGCCGCCGUCCGCGGGCUCCCGGGGCCGCGCGCCGGAGGAGGACGAGAGGGAGGAGGGCGAGAUCGCCGACGAUGGCUCCGCGCCCGCUCCGCAGCCACCCAACCCCGCCGCGCCGCACCCGCUCGAGUACGCCUGGACCUUCUGGUUCGACAACCCGCAGGGCAAGUCCAAGCAGGCCGCCUGGGGAAGCUCCAUGCGCCCAAUCCACACCUUCUCCACCGUCGAGGACUUCUGGUGCCUUUACAAUAAUAUCCAUCACCCUAGCAAGUUGGUUGUGGGUGCUGACUUCCAUUGCUUCAAGGACAAGAUUGAGCCAAAAUGGGAAGACCCCAUAUGUGCUAAUGGCGGUAAAUGGACCAUCAUCUGUGGCAGAGGAAAAUCUGACACACUGUGGCUGCAUACUCUAUUGGCAAUGAUUGGCGAACAAUUCGAUUAUGGUGAUGAAAUUUGUGGAGCAGUCGUCAGCGUGCGUGGGAAGCAGGAAAGAAUAGCUAUCUGGACCAAAAAUGCUGGUAAUGAAGCUGCUCAGAUAAGCAUCGGGAAGCAGUGGAAGGAAUUUCUGGAUUGCAAGGACUCUAUUGGAUUUAUUGUUCAUGAUGAUGCGAAAAAGAUUAGCGCCCCCAAGAACCGUUACACAGUUUGAUCCUGAUGCUUGAAUCCCUGAGGCUGAGAGUAGCAGGUCCACAUGUAGGCUGGUUUUGUUCGACGCAGUAGUAUCUUGCAGAGUUUUAGUGCUACUGUUGAAGGUUAUCUAUUGCUGUGAAUUGAUUAAGCAUAAUAUAACAUGUUGCAUCUAUUUUUGUACUCCAUAACUCACUUGGAGUGUUUUGUCUCA